AUGGCCGAGCCAAGUGCCCCAGCACCCCGGGACGCCGCCUCACAUCCUGAAAAAGAGGUCCUUUCGAGUACCACAGCAUCUUCCGACAUCGACAUCCAGAGUGCCGCCACGGCUCAUGACCAGACUGGCUUGCACUCGUUCAUGGAAGGGGCCGAUACCGAAGAGCUCCAAAAGAUUGCAACCACCCUGUCUCGCCAUCGAUCAGUCACCCAUCCCGCAGCCCACCAUCACCUGGACCCCGUCCUCGACCCUGAAAGCGACCGUUUCGACUUGUCCAAGUGGGUAAAGGACUUCAUCACCCAUCUUCAGCCCGAGGACCACGCCAAAGAUGCCCACCCGAGCGUAUCCUUCAGCAACCUCAGCGUCUUUGGUACCGGCUCCGAGCUUCAGUUGCAGGCCUCCGUCAGCGAUGUGUUCAUGUCACUCUUCCGUCCUGGCGAGAUCUUUUCGUUCGGCAAGACCAAGCCCAAGCAGAUCCUCCACGACUUCAAUGGUCUUCUCAAGAGUGGUGAACUCCUCGUCGUCCUUGGCCGCCCGGGAUCCGGAUGCAGUACUUUCCUGAAGAGCAUCUGCGGAGAGCUUCACGGUCUUCAUCUCGACGACAAGGCUUCCAUCCACUACAACGGCAUUCCCCAGCACCAAAUGGUCAAGGAGUUCAAGGGCGAGCUCGUCUACAACCAGGAGGUCGACAAGCACUUUCCCCAUCUCACCGUCGGCCAAACCCUCGAGUUCGCAGCAACCGUCCGCACCCCUGCCACCCGCAUUGAGAACAUGUCCAGGGCCGAGUACUGUCGCUACAUGGCCAAGGUCGUCAUGGCCAUCUUUGGCCUCAGCCACACCUACCACACCAAGGUCGGUGAUGACUUCAUCCGGGGCGUCAGUGGUGGUGAACGCAAGCGUGUCAGUAUCGCUGAGAUGUUCCUCGCGGGAAGUCCUAUCUGUGCCUGGGACAACAGCACCCGCGGUCUUGACUCGUCCAGCGCUCUCAAGUUCGUUCAAGCCCUGCGCAUGUCCUCCAACAUGGGCAACCACGCCCACGCUGUCGCCAUUUACCAAGCCAGUCAAGCCAUCUACGACGAAUUCGACAAGGCCACCGUGUUGUACGAAGGUCGGCAGAUCUACUUUGGUCCGGCGUCCAUGGCCAAGUCCUUCUUUGAGCGGCAAGGCUGGUACUGCCCACCUCGUCAGACCACCGGUGACUUCUUGACGGCCGUCACCAACCCUCACGAAAGACAGCCCCGUCAAGGCAUGGAGCUCAAGGUCCCUCGUACCGCUGAAGAGUUUGAGCGUUACUGGCGAGAGUCUCCCGAGUACAAGGCCUUGCAGGAAGAGAUCGAGCACUAUGAGGAAGAGUUCCGUGGCGAGCGCAAGACUGAAGCCAUUGCCCAGCUUCGUGAGCAAAAGGAACGUCGACAGGCCAAGCACGUCAGGCCCAAGUCACCUUAUACCAUCUCCAUUGCCAUGCAAAUCAAAGCAUGUACCGUCCGCGCCUACCAACGAAUCUGGGGCGACCGCACCGCUACCUUUACCAUGAUGUUUGCCAACCUCGUCCUCGCUCUGAUCAUCGGAUCCAUCUUCUAUGGAAACCCCGACGCUACCGCCGGUUUCGCUGGCAAGGGCUCUGUCCUUUUCAUGGCCAUCCUGCUCAAUGCCCUGACCGCCAUCACCGAGAUCAACUCUUUAUACGCUCAACGUCCCAUGGUGGAAAAGCACGCCUCCUUCGCCUUCUAUCACCCCGCUUGCGAAGCCGCUGCCGGAAUCGUUGCAGACAUCCCCAUCAAGUUUGCGACUGCCACCAUCUUCAACAUCCUGGUCUACUUCCUUGCUGGUCUCCGCCGCGAACCCGGUCAAUUCUUCCUGUACUUCAUUGUCUCCUACCUGUCGACCUUUAUCAUGAGCGCCUUUUUCCGGACCAUCGCCGCCAGUACGAGAACCGUAUCUCAAGCCCUUGCUUUAGCUGGCGUGCUGGUCCUCGCUCUGAUCAUCUACACGGGCUACAUUGUCCCUGUGCCGGAGAUGAAACCCUGGUUUGGCUGGAUUCGGUGGAUCAACCCCAUCUACUACGGCUUCGAGAUCCUCAUUGCCAACGAGUUCCACGGGAGGGAGUUUACUUGCUCGAGUAUCGUCCCGCCCUAUCCGAAUCGCAUCGGGGAUUCCUGGAUCUGUGCUAGUACCGGUGCUGUGGCUGGUCGGGCGACUGUCUCGGGUGACAUGUACAUGAAGGUCACCUACGGAUACACCUACGCGCACGUCUGGCGCAACUUUGGCAUCCUCUGGGCUUUCCUGGCCGGCUUCCUGUUUAUCUACUUGCUGGCCACGGAACUCAACUCAUCCAACACCAGCACCGCCGAGGCUUUGGUCUUCCGGAGGGGCCACGUCCCCGCCCGCUUGCAGCAGAAGGCCAAGGACGCUGAGAAGUCUGGUGAUGGUGGCCUGCUGCAGCAGGAGGCGCCGCUAGAUCCCAAGAGUCUGGUCGAUCCCCAAACGGAUAUCUUCACCUGGAAGGACGUGGUGUAUGACAUUGACUACCAAGGCGGCCAGAGACGGUUGUUGGAUCAUGUUAAUGGAUGGGUCAAGCCUGGUACCUUGACGGCGCUGAUGGGCGCUAGUGGUGCGGGAAAGACAACGCUUUUGAACGUGCUGGCUCAACGGACAACGAUGGGCGUGGUGACAGGUGAUAUGUUGGUUAACGGGACGCCAUUUGGAGCGGAUUUCCAGAGACAGACUGGUUAUGUGCAGCAGCAGGACCUCCACCUUGAGACGGCAACUGUCAGGGAAAGUCUUCGCUUCAGUGCCAUGCUCCGCCGUCCCAAGACCGUCAGCAAGCAGGAAAAGUACGAUUACGUGGAAAAGGUUAUCAAGAUGCUCGGCAUGGCAGACUACGCUGAUGCCGUCGUCGGUGUGCCCGGCGAAGGUCUCAACGUUGAACAGCGCAAGUUGCUCACCAUUGGCGUUGAGCUCGUUGCCAAACCCAAGCUCCUUCUCUUCCUCGAUGAGCCCACCUCUGGAUUGGAUUCCCAAUCUGCCUGGACGAUCUGCGUCUUCCUCCGCAAGCUCGCCAACGCCGGUCAAGCCAUCCUCUGCACCAUCCACCAACCGAACGCCAUCCUUUUUCAGCAAUUCGACCGUCUCCUGUUCCUCGCCCCCGGUGGCAAGACCGUCUACUUUGGCCAGAUCGGACAAAACUCCAAGACCCUCCUCGAAUACUUUGAAUCCAACGGUGCCCGCCCCUGCGGUGACCAAGAGAACCCAGCCGAGUACAUGCUUGAGAUUGUGGCGGAUGGUACCAACAACAAGGGGAAAAACUGGCCGUCGGUCUGGAAGGCUAGCUCGGAGUAUCAAGAAGUCCUGACUGAACUCGACAACAUCCACUCGUCCACUGCCGGCACACCGUCCGCACAAACCACGGAUCCAGGUUACGUCGCCUCCGAAUUCGCCAUGCCCUUCACGUCUCAGCUCUGGGUCGUAACCGAACGCAUCUUCCAACAAUACUGGCGCAUGCCGGGCUACAUCAUCGCCAAGUUCUUGUUGGGUGUCAUGUCUGGCCUCUUCGUCGGCUUCACCUUCUUCAAGCCCCACAGCACGCAAGCCGGCAUGCGUAACGUCGUCUUCUCCGUGUUCAUGAUCACCACCCUCUUCACCACCCUGGUACAACAGAUUCAGCCUCUUUUCGUCACCCAGCGUUCUCUCUAUGAAGGGCGCGAACGUCCCUCCAAGACUUAUUCCUGGAAGGCGUUCCUCUUUGCCAACAUGUUUGUCGAGAUGCCCUACCAAGUUUUAUGCGGCGUCCUGACCUACGCAUGCUUCUACUACCCCGUGGUUGGCGUGCAGGAUUCGGACCGUCAGGGUUUGGUGCUGUUGUACAUGAUCCAGCUCUUUGUAUACUCCUCCGCCUUUGCGCACAUGACCAUUGCCGUCCUUCCCGACGCCCAGGCUGCUUCCGGUAUCGUCAUCUUGUUGACGAUGAUGUCCACCAUAUUCUCCGGCGUCUUGCAAACCCGCAUCGCUCUUCCAGGAUUCUGGACAUUUAUGUACCGUGUAUCGCCGUUUACCUACUGGAUUGGGGGUAUUGUCAGCACCAUGCUGCACAACCGCUCCGUCACUUGUUCUGCCGAGGAGACUCUGACGUUCAACCCACCGCAGGGUAUGUCGUGCGCGCAGUAUCUUGGGCCGAUGAUGCAGCAGGCGGAAGGAGUGCUUCAGAACCCCAAUGCGACUGAGUCGUCCAAAAUGGGCAAAUUCCACACCUCCCUCCCCCCCUCUCUGCUCCCCUGGAUCCUCUCCCAACCCGUCUUCUUCGUCUCCACCGCCCCCCUUUCUCCCCAAGGCCACAUCAACGUCUCCCCCAAAGGCACCUUUCCCAACAUCAACUCCUUAGGCUACAUCCCUUCUCCCGAGGGGUCAACCAAGCCAGCCCAAUUCUGGUACCUAGACCUCUCCGGUUCCGGCUCGGAAACGAUUUCCCACCUUUACGAACCGGGAAAUGGGCGGAUUACGGUCAUGUUCUCGGCGCCUAGGAUUGUGAGAUUGUUUGGACGGGGGAAGGUGUUGGAGAAUGGGACGAAGGAGUUUGAAGAGUGGACGAAGAAGGAAGGAGUCGAAGUGAUUCCCGGUGCCAGAAGCGUGGUGGUGGUGAAGUUGGAGCUGGUGGGCGAUAGUUGUGGGUUUGCGGUGCCGGUUAUGGAGUUUAGGGAGAGGAGGGAGGUGUUGAAUGAUCAUUUUCGGAAGAGGAUACUGGGCGUACAAGAACGCUUGGAGCUUGGAUGGAUUACCGGGCAUGGAGGUGGCGAGGAAGACGGGUGA